AUGGAAAAGCUAGGAGAAGGGUCAUACAACAAGUCAUUCAAACUCACUAUGGCGAAUGGAAAAGCAGUCAUCGCUCGUAUCCCAAAUCCAAAUGCUGGGCCAUCCUUUUGGACAACAGCAUCAGAGGUCGCAACAAUGGAUUUUUUGAGAAACAUACUCCAUCUUCCUGUUCCCAAGGUUCUUGCUUGGAAUGCUACAGUGGAUGCUGCGAAUCGUGUACGGGCUGAGUACAUAAUCAUGGAGCAUGCAGCGGGUAAGAACCUUGCAGAUGAAUGGCAUGAGAUGGAGCUUGAGCUCAAGGCUCGAACCAUGAAAGAUAUCGUGAACAUUCAACAAAAACUCUUAUCAGUCAGGUUCUCUGGAUAUGGGUUCCUUUAUUACAGAAGGGACGCUCCAGCCAGCUCUCAACCUGCAACAGCUGAUGGGGAUGGACUAUCACCUCAACUCAGAAAUCAAAUCGCUGAGCAAUUCUCCGUUGGCCCCGUGGUGGAUACGUCGUUCUGGUAUAAGGAACGAGGCCAUAUGGAAAUUGAUCGUGGACCUUGGACUUCUACCGUCGAUUACAUACAGGCUCUCGCCCUUCGGGAAAUAGCUUGGAUCCAGAGACAUGCAACUCCACGCUCUCCCGAUGAUCCCUUGUUCGUAUCACCUAGCCAGAAUAAUCCUGCUGAGCACAUAUCACUUCUGCGGCGGUACCUAUCUGUGACACCUCAUCUGCUUCCUCAAGAUGAAGAUCUCUUGGGUUCUUUUUUGUGGCAUACUGACCUUCGCACACCUAACAUUUUCAUUGAUGACCAUGGUAAUAUCACCAGUAUUAUCGACUGGCAGAGUACAUGGGCUGGACCCUUGCUUCUAGAAGGUCGCCAUCCGCAUUUCCUCGACUAUAAUGGUGAAAUCAUCCUCAAAUUACCAGAUAAUUUCAAACAGCUCGACGAGGAAGCACAAGCUGCGACGAAAGACCAAGUGGUCAGGUCGAUAAUAGUAUAUUUGUAUGAGCAAUAUACUGCUAAACGAAACCCAAUUCUAAGUAAAGUAUUCCAAUAUCCAAAUGGCAUGACUAUGACGGACCCGAUUCGCUUUGCAGGAGAUACCUGGGAUGGAGACAUCCUACCUCUGCGAGAGGCUUUGAUCAGAGUACAGAAGAACUGGGAUCUCCUGAGCCGCUCGGCGGAAUGCCCACUUGACUUCACUCCUGAGGAAAUCCGUCGGCACUACGAAGAAGGAGAAGGGUGGAAUGAAGUGCAGGAUUUCUGGGAUGCUAUUUCAGGGCUCAUGGGGAGGGAUGGCUGGACGUCACACGCAACGUAUGAUCAGGCGCUGUCGAUCUACUCCCAGGUGCUGGAGAAGGCAUCCUCUUCCAAGCCAUGA